AUGGAGAUUUUUAAGAAGUUGGAGAUCACCAUACCUUUCUCUGAGGCACUACAACAAAUGUCAUCAUAUGCAAAGUUUUUAAAAGAGCUUCUCAUGAAGAAAAGAAAGUAUAUUGAGAAGGAGACUAUUGAAGUGCAAGGUAAUUGCAGUGCAAUCAUACAGGAAAUGUUGCCUCCUAAACUGCAAGAUCUAGGAAGUUUCACCAUUCCAUGUACCAUAGGAGAGUUAGAAGUUGGAAAAGCUUUAAUUGAUCUGGUGGCUAGCAUUAAUUUAAUGCCUUUCUCUAUGUUCAAGAGGAUUGAAGGCUUGGAACUUAGACCUAUAAGGAUGACUCUUCAAUUGGCGGAUAGAUCUCUCAAAUAUCCAUAUGAAGUGGUUGAAGAUGUGUUAGUGAAGGUGGAUAAAUUCUUGUUCCCAGUGGAUUUUGUUAUAAUGGAGAUGGAGGAGAAUGUAGAUGCGCCUCUUAUUCUUGGAAGACCAUUUAUGAAGACAACUAGAAUUUUGAUUGAUGUAGAGAAUGGAAAGCUUAAAGUUAGAGUGCAAGAUGAAGAGGUGGAUUUUGACGUGUUUCAAGCAAUUUCAUAUCCUAAAGAUGAUAAAGCAUGUUUUCAAGUUGACAGUGUUGAUGAACUUUGUAUGAUGCAAGGGAGUAAGAUGUGUGGUGCUUCUCCACUUGAAAGAACUCUGAUUAAUGAACGUGAACAUUUGAAUGAAGAGGAGGAGAAGUUGAUUGAAGAGUGUUUGAGGGAUUUGGAGACGUCAGAAGAAAUCCCAACAGGAGAGGAGAGUUUUGAGAAGAUUGAGCCCAAGGAGGAAGUUAACAAAACUAAGUUUGAGUUGAAAGCGUUACCACCACAUUUGAAGUACGUGUUUUUGGAAGAAGAUGGAGGGAAGCCAAUCAUCAUUAGUAAGUCAUUAUCUCCUGAAGAAGAAGAGAAGUUGGUUGGAGUUUUGAAAGAAAUAAAGGUGUUAUUGGGUGGUCAAUCUCAGAUCUUAAAGGUAUAA